UGUGUGCUAUUUUCUGGAGAUGGCUUCCAAAACCGAGAGAGAUAUUGAGUCUCAAGCACCAGCUUUGAUUACGUCACUUCCCGAGGACGUCGUGUUUGACAUCUUAGCACGUGUUCCGAGGCGUGAGUAUCCAACACUCUCCCUCGUUUCCAAGUAUUUCCGAUCACUUGUUGCUUCACCUGGGCUAUACGUAAGACGAUCCGUUUUAGGUUUCACCGAACACUGCUUCUAUGUUCUCCUCUAUGACGACAAAUCACGUGACUACCGUUGGUAUACUCUGCACCGGAAAGCCAACGGCAAACGCAGUUUGGUCCUUAUCCACUUGCUUCCAGCUAAGAAGCUUGACGCAACCAUUCUCUCUGUAGGCUCGAGCAUUUAUGUGUUUGGUGGUGGGAGAGAUGGCUUUUUAAGAAUUGACUGUGGACUUCGCACUGUGGAACACCUCCCCAACAUGCCUUUGCACAUGUCUCACAAAAUUGCUGACAUCAUCGAUGGGAGAAUCUACGUAAUUGGAAACAACUACGACUCGAUGAAGAAGAAGAAGGCGAUGGUGGUGUUCAAUACAGAAGCAAAAAUGUGGGAACCUGGGAUGAUAUUAAGACCAAACAUAGAUCUAGGUGAGACGUUGUAUGGUUGUGUCGCGAUGGCUGAUAAGAUGUACACAACAGAUAAAAAUAAAAGCUUUGUUUACAAGCCAAAGGAGGGCAUAUGGGAAACGGACGAGAUGCUGAGUUCUAAGACGUGGCGGGAUGCGUGUGUAGUAGAUGAUGUAUUGUACUAUUACGAUACGGAUGCUCUACAGUUAAGAACAUAUGAUUCAAAGCAUAGGUGUUGGGGAGUGGUGGAAGGUUUGAAAAAUUUGUUGCAUAUAACUUUAUGGUCAGAUUGGAUAGGCACUACGAGCUGCGGUGGGAAACUGGCUUUGUGUUUUUCCAAAGAAAGUGGGUGUUAUCCUAAAGGAAGAGCGUGA